AUGGCCAGCAGGCCCAAUCACCCACACCACCAGGGCCCGAGCAAUGACGACCUGCUGGGCCUGGACGACGAUGAGGGACCGAUCUACAACUCUGGCAACCCUCCUCCCGUGUCGGACGAGCGCAUUAUCCACGAUUACGAUACCCAUGGCCGCAUCAGCACUUCGCACGACGACUUCGUAGGCUCGCAGGCGCAUCCUACCACCUCUCUGCCUGGCGGGCCAGGAUACUCUCAUGGACUUCAGAACCCUCCUCCCCUGGGCGAUUCCGGCCGCAAUCUCUCACAAACCUCUGGUCUUGGCAACUACCAGCGAUAUUCAGACUUCGACAAUGACCGCUAUUCGGAUACCGCGUCGUUUGCUGGGGGAUAUGCUGCAGGAGGUGGAAUUGACGAGGACAAUGUUCCAGGCAUACCAAUCCAGCAUGGAAAAGGGAAACAUCGCAACAGGAACAGCAUUCUGAGCAUGGGCGGGGGUAUCAUGGGAAAGGCUAAGAACAUGUUGGGCAUGGGACCGGAAUACAGUGAAAUGGACCUUCCCCUGACGGAAACGAGGACACAUCAUGCGACUGGUAGCGUUGGUCUGGAUAGUGUCAACGAUGCUCUGCCGGAACGAAAGACGCCAGGCUCGAAGUUCAAGUUUGGUCUACCCAGCAAUCCGUUCAACCGCAAGGUCGACCCCUCAACUCUGGGCCCGAGAAUCAUCCACCUGAACAACCCGCCCGCGAAUGCGCAGAACAAGUAUGUCGACAACCACGUGUCCACGACCAAGUACAACAUUGCGACGUUCGUGCCGAAGUUCUUGUUCGAACAGUUCAGCAAAUACGCCAACUUGUUCUUCUUGUUCACGGCCAUUCUACAACAAAUCCCGAACAUCAGUCCUACGAACCGAUAUACCACCAUCGUACCUCUGGGUAUUGUGUUGCUCGUAUCUGCAGGCAAAGAAAUUGUCGAGGACAACAGGCGGCGAUCACAAGAUGCACAGCUGAACAAAAGUCGCGCACGGGUGUUGAGAGGUUCGACGUUUCAGGACGUGAGAUGGAUUGACAUCCAAGUCGGCGAUUUCAUCCGCGUGGAGUCAGAAGAACCUUUCCCGGCCGAUUUGGUCCUUGUUGCCUCGUCCGAACCGGAAGGCUUGUGCUAUAUCGAGACUGCUAAUUUGGACGGAGAGACCAAUCUCAAGAUCAAACAGGCCAUUCCCGAAACGACCCACUUGAUAUCAUCGGCAGAGUUGUCGCGGGUUGGUGGAAGAGUCCGCAGUGAACAACCUAACAGCAGCCUCUACACCUACGAAGCGACGCUCACAAUGCAGUCUGGUGGCGGUGAGAAAGAAUUGCCACUUGCUCCUGAUCAGCUUCUUCUCCGAGGUGCCACUUUGAGAAACACCCCUUGGGUUCACGGAAUCGUUGUGUUUACAGGCCACGAAACGAAACUUAUGAGGAAUGCCACAGCUACGCCUAUCAAGCGAACGAACGUCGAGCACCGAGUCAACACCCAGAUCUUGAUGUUGGGCGGAGUUCUGGUCGCUUUGUCUAUUAUCUCUUCCAUUGGAGAUCUCGUGGUCAGACAAACCAUUGGUAACAGUCUUUGGUUCUUGAUGCUAGAAUCGACAAACCCUGCCGAGCAGUUCUUCAAGGAUAUUUUCACGUACUGGAUCCUGUACUCUAACUUGGUACCUAUCUCCCUCUUCGUUACGGUCGAAAUCAUCAAGUACUACCAGGCAUUCUUGAUCAGCAGUGACCUCGAUAUCUACUACCCUGAGACGGACACCCCAGCCAACUGCAGGACCAGCUCUUUGGUUGAAGAACUCGGCCAGGUCGAGUACAUCUUCUCUGACAAGACUGGCACGCUCACCUGCAAUAUGAUGGAGUUUCGACAGUGCAGUAUUGGCGGAAUACAAUAUGCUGACGAGGUGCCUGAAGAUCGCAGAGUCUACGAUGGAGACGAGUCUGGGACGUGCAUCUACGACUUUCGCGGCCUGGAGCAACAUCGAAGGAAUGGCCAAAACACUGAAGGCAUCCACCAAUUCUUGAGUCUGCUUUCGACCUGCCAUACCGUCAUUCCAGAAGUCAACGCUGAGAAACCCGGCGUGAUUAAGUACCAAGCUGCGUCGCCCGACGAGGGAGCUCUGGUGGAAGGCGCCGUUCAACUGGGAUACAAAUUCGUGGCUCGUAAGCCGAAGCUUGUGACUAUCGAGGUUGGUGGUCAAGAGUACAGCUAUGAGCUUCUUGCAGUCUGCGAGUUCAAUUCGACGAGAAAGCGAAUGAGCUGUAUCUACCGCUGUCCAGAUGGAAAAAUCCGCUGCUACACCAAAGGCGCCGACACUGUCAUCCUGGAACGACUUGGUAUUCGAGACGAGAUGGUGGAAAAGACAUUGCUGCACUUGGAAGAGUAUGCCGCUGAAGGUCUUCGAACACUUUGUCUCGCUUAUCGUGAGAUUCCCGAGUCAGAGUUCAGGGAGUGGUAUGAUGUCUUCAACACUGCUGCUACGACUGUUGGCGGCAACCGUGCUGAGGAGCUUGACAAGGCGGCGGAGAUCAUCGAGCACGACUUCACGCUCCUCGGUGCGACUGCCAUCGAGGACAAGCUUCAAGACGGCGUUCCUGACACCAUCCACACUCUUCAGACCGCUGGCAUCAAAGUGUGGGUGCUGACUGGCGACAGACAGGAGACUGCUAUCAACAUCGGAAUGUCAUGCAAGCUGAUCAGCGAAGACAUGACGUUGUUGAUCAUCAAUGAAGAGAACGCUGCAGAUACAAGAGCGAACAUCCAGAAGAAGCUGGAUGCCGUCAACUCUCAGCGGGCUGGCGGAAUCGAGAUGGAAACUCUUGCACUCGUUAUCGACGGCAAGAGUCUUACAUUCGCCCUGGAAAAAGACAUGGAGAAGAUGUUCCUGGAUCUUGCAGUGAUGUGCAAAGCGGUCAUAUGCUGCCGUGUCUCACCACUGCAGAAGGCAUUGGUCGUGAAACUCGUCAAGCGCCAUCUGAAGAGUAUUCUCUUGGCCAUUGGCGAUGGAGCGAACGAUGUUUCAAUGAUCCAGGCCGCUCACAUUGGUAUCGGUAUAUCUGGUGUCGAAGGUCUGCAAGCAGCUCGGUCUGCCGACGUCUCGAUCGCUCAGUUCCGAUUCCUGCGGAAGCUUCUUUUAGUCCACGGAGCCUGGUCCUACCAACGCAUCAGCAAGGUCAUCUUGUACUUCUACUACAAGAACACUGCGCUGUUCAUCACCCAAUUCUGGUACUCCUUCCAGAACGCCUUCUCUGGACAGGUCAUCUACGAAUCAUGGACGCUAUCCUUCUUCAACGUCAUCUUCACUGCUAUGCCGCCGUUCGUGCUGGGUAUCUUCGACCAGUUCGUUAACGCAAGAUUGCUUGACCGAUAUCCUCAGCUAUACCAACUCAGCCAGAAAGGAAUAUUCUUCCGGACUCACAACUUCUGGAGCUGGGUCGGAAAUGGCUUCUUCCAUUCUCUGGUGCUCUACUUCGUCAGCGAAGCGAUCUACUGGCGCGAUGGUGUCUUGUCUGAUGGCAAGAUCGCAGGGCAUUGGGUAUGGGGUACUGCCCUGUACACAGCAGGUCUGGUCACCGUCCUCGCCAAGGCCGCUCUCAUCACAAACAUCUGGACAAAGUAUACCGUGAUUGCCAUCCCAGGCUCGCUCGCAAUCUGGUUCAUCUUCCUGCCCGUCUACGCAACAGUCGCUCCGAUGCUUGGCUUCUCAACCGAGUAUAAGAACACACUCCCCAUUAUCCUCUCCGAUCCAAACUUCUGGCUCAUGGGCGUUGUUGUCCUCCCCGCCCUCUGCUUACUGCGAGACUUUGCGUGGAAGUACGCCAAACGCAUGUACUACCCACAAGCAUACCAUCACGUGCAGGAAAUUCAAAAGUAUAACAUCCAGGAUUACAGGCCGAGGAUGGAACAAUUUCAAAAGGCCAUCCGCAAAGUGCGCCAGGUGCAGCGCAUGCGGAAGCAACGCGGCUACGCCUUCUCGCAGACGGACGAGUCCCAGGCGAGAGUGCUGCAGGCGUACGAUACCACGAGGGAGAGAGGUCGUUAUGGCGAAAUGGCGAGUAGUCGACGGUAG